AUACGUUACGCUCACGUCAGAGAGGUCGGAGUUGAAAGGUGACGGAGGAGGGCUCGUGCUUGGAAGGUUCGCGGGAAACGUCCCAAAACAAAUCGGUUGUGGUGGACACACGAGCAACUUCAGACACAGUUUGAACUUAUCAAUGAAAAGGGAAACCAAUCGAUUAUACUGAUAGUAACGUCUUCUUAAAACUCAGUUCUUUAACAACUACAUUUACUGUGAAACUGAACGAGCUACUUACAUUAGCUAGCUACUUUAGGUAGCUCCAGGCUAACAGAACAGUGCUAAUCUGUUAACACGAGAGGUAACGGUUAUCCGUGCCGGACAAUACGGUUAGUGGUGAGUAUACGGCGAGUUGAGGGACUCUGUAACCGGUGAGAGAAAUGGCAGAGAGACCCGAAGAUCUAAACCUUCCCAACGCGGUGAUCACCCGCAUCAUCAAGGAGGCGCUCCCAGAUGGGGUGAAUGUGUCGAAAGAAGCCAGGAGAGCCAUAUCCCAAGCUGCCAGUGUGUUUGUGUUGUAUGCAACGUCCUGUGCAAACAAUUUUGCCAUGAAAGCCAAAAGGAAAACUCUGAACGCAGGAGACGUUUUGGCUGCGAUGGAGGAAAUGGAGUUUGAACGAUUCCUGGAGCCUCUCAGAGAAGCUCUGGAAGUGUACAAGAAGGGCCAGAAAGGAAAGAAGGAGGUGUCUGAGCAGAAGCGUAAAGACAAAGAGAAAAAGACCGACUCUGAGAACGAUAAGAGCAGGGAGGAGGAAGAGGAGGAAGAGGAGGAAGAGGAGGAGGAGCGCAUGGAGGAGGAACCUGAAGCUGAGAACGAAGGCGAGGAGGAGGAGGAGGAGGAUGAGGAGGUGGAAAACUGAUGAAGCGCUGAUGAUGACACUAACAAUGAAAUGCACUCCAUCGCUCUCCUGGAUGCGUUCAAGUGGCGCUUGGUCAUUGUAGAGCCACCACAAAUCAAUACACCCAGGUUCACAGUGCAGCAUGACGAGCUCAGAAGAGGUGGGGUUACAUUCAUAAAGCACUUCUUUGUGCAACUGCUGUCUUCAGCACAACGACACCACAAGUCAAACUAUGUCAUGCACUUCCAGAUCUUGCGUCCUUUUUGUAUUUGAAACUGUUUUUGUAUAUAUGUGAGGUUUUGAUACAAACACUGUUUUUGACAGUAAAGAAUACAAAGUAGUUAGUGUGUAGAAAUAAAUACAAAAUGACUGAUUCUGGCUCAUUAAACUAAUACUUUGGUAAAUAAGCUUUUCAAUCAAUUUACCACUGGAGGGAGUGAGAACAUUGACUGUAGUUUGACCCGUGUCCAGUUAUAAAUAGAUUUUUUUUUAACAAGAGAAGCCAAAAGUUAAACAAAAUAAAAUAGUCUAAUAUUAGAUUACAUUUUAGAUAUAACUUCUUGCUAGAGAAUAAGAAAACAAAACCUGACCUGAAAUUUGACUCCAGCUUUUGGUACGAAAGAAUCGUGGUUGGGUUUUUGUAUCUGUAACAAGGGGCUGUUUCCUGUGUACUUACACAUCCUAUUUGACAAAAUGCUUGUAGCCAAUAACAGCUAAAUGUGAUCAAUACUGAGUUGGAAGUUUUACACUUGAAAAGAUUGUUUCUCAGACUGAUGGCUGUAUUGAACUGUUGUGUUGGUUUACAUGACCUCAGUAUAAAUAGCUGCACCCGUGUUCAGUUAUGAACCAUUUAUACUUUUUGUAGAAUUGUAUAUCAAUGGGUGAGAUUUUCAAUAAAUUGUUAAACUGCAUUGAA